AUGACAAAUUCAUGGUUUCCCUCGGGGAAAGAGGCUCGUGAAGGAUGGCGAUUAGAUAUCGUGUCACUCUUGGCAGUCAUAGGGGAAUCUGCCAUGGCUGAUCACUCGCAAACUAUGACCUCAUCUUGGAUGUGCAUGCUCCCUCGAAUCAUUCCCGCCCCACAAGUCCUCCUCAAAUCUUCGCGUCCCUCUCGAAUGCCACAAGUUAACGCUGCUGUGGUCGGUGUACAUAACGGAGUAUAUGUGCAAUCACUCAACUUCUUCCCAAACAUCAUACAUCCAAUAGAAGAGCUCAAGCCUUUCGAGUUCAAGGUCUUCGAGAUCGAGCAUAAAAAUGCCCCUCCUCCGGUGGUGACUCCACCUACACCCGCGAACAAGGAGAGGCAGGUUUUGGCUACUAGCAGUAUCGAAUCUUCAUUAGAGAGCGGCACAACGCCUCAACCUCGACGUCGUGAUACACUUAGAGCCAGAAUCACCCAUCGUGGAACCAAUGUCGACAACAAGAAACCCCACGUGCCAGCUAGAUUGUGGUCACCUCUCAACUGUCUUUCUCUAAUAUCAUUCUUCUUGACCAUUGGACUUUUUAUAUGGGCCGUGUUGACCCAUGACGGAACAGCAUGUGUUGCACUCUUUACUAUGUCCCUUGCCUCAUCAAUCGUUGGUUACGCAUCCUAUUGGUCACCCGCUCUCAUGAAUCGCAACAACAACGUCAAAGUUCUGUCGGGCGAUGUUGUGAUCCGCACCAGGGAAGGAGCAUUCAUCGUAGUUAAGUGCAAAGAAGAAGUUGCCCGAGAACUAUAUAACGGAACUGAGGAAUGCCAAUACUAUGUUAAGAAAGAUCCCUACCGAGUGCUUGUUGGCAUCGGUACUUGUCUACUCAUGGUUUCGGUCGUGCUCCUUGGAAAUUGUGAUUUCCAAAUGCAAAUCUCUAUUGGUGCGUCUUAUAUCGUUCUCAACGGUGCAUACUGGGGGGUAGCUUUGAUGAACAAAAGGAGAUUAUGGGAUCUGUCGAGCUAUAAAUGGGAGGAAAUUACGCCUGAAGAUGCGAAAGGAGCAAAUCUGGAGCAGAACGCGGACGAUGUUGAUGGAAGGCCUUCUUUCACUAGAACAUUAUGGUACGCGAUCCGAGAGACACAGAAAAUCGGAUGGGUGAAGACGAGUGGGGCUGCACCUUCGACAGCGAAGUGGGAGAAAUGGCUAAAAGAAGCAGAAAAAGCCGCUAUCGAGAAAACAGAGGGAUGGCGUGCUGUCCAUCGAAAAGAUGCAAUUGUUGGCGAAUCAGAUUCAGUGCCGCAAGCUGAAGCAGCAUUCAAAGAUACGGCUGUCGAACAUGCGCCUGCAGUCCAAGUUCCGAUGCAAGACCGGAACGAAAUUGAGUGA